AUGGCUAUCCCUGAAGGAAAGAUGGAAUGGAAGGAGGAUCAUGUAGUCGACGACCGAGGCUCACACAAGUUUAGAGAUGUCGCGUAGGUUUGCUUUUGACAUUUGGUUAUCUUAUUUGUUUGAAAAUCAUACUUUUUUUACUUAGUCAUUACUUAAAAGUACCGUAUGUUGUUAUAGGCCUCCAACGAAGAGAAUAUGUGAGUCCGUCUUGGACACUAUUGGUCGUACUCCAACAGUACGAUUACAAAAGAUUGCCAAAGAGUACGGUUUGGAGUGUGAGCUUUGUGAGUUUUUUAAAAAAUGGCUUGAUGAAGUAUGACUACCGGAAAGGUUCAGUUUAUUCCUACUGUGUAACUUUGAAACAUGUUUUAGAUGCCAAGUGUGAAUUCCUGAGCGGUGGUGGUACCACUAAAGAUCGGGUAUCUUUGCGUAUGAUACAACUAGCUGAAGAGUCAGGCCAACUCAAUGAAGGCACCACGAUCAUUGAACCUUCGACUGGUAUGUCACGAUCAUCUUAUUUUACCAUGUUAGUUGUUGUUCGUUUUUCUAUCAAGAAAUUAAUUUUACAGGAAAUACGGCCAUCAGUACAGCCUUGGCAUUGGCUCCGAGAGGCUACAAAAUGAUCACGGUGAUGCCAGAUGACGAAUGCAAGUCUCGAGAAGACAUGUUGAAGUGUUUGGGAUCAGACAUAGUCAAAGUCGGCAACGACGUCUCUCCUGAUUCUCCAGAAGGCUUUGUCGGAAAAGCCUACGAGUUGGCUAAAACCAUUCCUAAUUCUAUUGUUUUGUGGCCAGUAAGUUUAACCAUCAUGGUUUUUAAUUGCUUUACAAAAGGUUGGUAUUACUAAUCUAAAAAAUAACAUAAUACUACCACUUUACUAACUACAUCGUACGAUUUCAGCACCGUGACUGCGCCAACCCGCUGGCCCAUUACGAGAACACUGCUCCAGGCAUUAUUAGAGCACUUGGCAACUCGGUAGACAAGGUCGUUAUCUCUUUGAAUUCUGGAGGUACAGCUGUCGGAGUAUCGAAGCGACUAAAGAAAGAGAUACCUAAUGUCAAGAUUGUCGCUGCCAAAGUGGAACCAGGAUACUCAGUCGACCUUCUGAGUUCUAUUUCCUACGCCGAAGCUGUUGACGAAACUGUAAGGUGUUACAGUAACAUGUGUUUUGUAAUGCUCGUCUAACUAAUAUUAUUGACAGAAUACGUCUUACAGUUGUGUAUCACUAAUGUAUUAACUUAACCAUAUUUUUGUGUUUGCUAGGUUACCGUGGAAAAGGCAGCUUCAAUCAAAUUGAUGCAAGACCUCCAUCGCUUGGAAGGUAUCCUCUGUGGCCAAAAAGGAGGUGUAGUUAUGGCCGCAGCUCUGAAAGCCGCAAAACCACUAAAACAAGGUCAGAAGUGCUUGCUGAUUCUUCCAGAAGGCCUAACUCACUUUUCUCAGACUAAUGUCAACAGCAAUACUGUAGUGGUCCCCCCUCCUGAUGGAAGUGUAGCAGAGUAUGUAUAGCUUUUGUAGCAACAGUUUUUAUCGUUAAAUGUAUUUUAAAACCUUUUUUGGUAUCUUAUCAUGAAAUUAUAGGCCGUCCAAACCUCCGGUAAACGAAUGGCAGAAGAUACCAGUGCCUUGGAAUGCGACCAGAGUCGCUAAGAAAGUACUUUGUGACUCGAUUCUCGAUGCUAUUGGUAAUACGCCUCUGAUCAAACUCAAGAAGAUACCAAAGAAGGAUGGUAUAAACGCUGAACUUUGUAAGUUCUACCAACAAGACCAAUUCUUUUAUAUUUCAUACUUACAACAGUCUCUGCUGUAAGUAAAAUGGACUUUACAGUAGUAAAAUAUAAUUUUUGUCACAACUUUCAGUAGUCAAGUGUGAAUACAUGAACCCAGGAGGGUCGAUCAAAGACAGAACAGCCCUCAAAAUGGUGGAAAUGGCAGAGAAACAAGGGAUUCUGAAGCCAGGAAUGACCAUCAUCGAACCGAGCGCUGGCAACAUGGGUAUCUCGCUAGCUCUUGUCGCUGCCGUCAAAGGCUACAAAUGCAUCAAUGUGAUCACGGACAAACAAAGCAAAGAGAAGGAGCUGGUGAUGAAGAGUCUUGGCGCUUCUGUAGUCACGACUCCAUGGGACGUACCGUACACUGAUGAAAGCUCCAACCAUUCAGUGGCUUUGAGGAUCCAGAAGGCAACUCCAGAUUCUGUUAUCUUGGAUCAUGUAAGUUGAGGGAGCUGUAAUGUCCAAUAAGAUUUAACUAUUUGUAUGUUCAUUGUCUCGCAUCUUCAGUACCGUAAUGAUGCCAACCCUUUUUCUCACUACGAAGGAAUCGGAAUCGAGUUAUUCGAAAACUGUGAAGAACAGAUUGAUGCUAUUGUAAUUGGUGCUGGUACUGGUGGUACCCUAACUGGAGUUGCUAAAAGAAUCCGCGAGGAUCUGCCAAAUUGUAUGGUAAGUACAUUCUACCAUCUUAUGAUACGUUUAAAGAGUAGAUUACAUACUUUUAACAAACCACAUUGUAUUUUAAUUAGUAUUUGAUAUAAAAGCUAAUCCUUCAUUUACAGAUUUAUGGUGUAGAUCCAGUCGGUUCAGUGUUGGCUGAAUUAGCACCAAGAGGACAAUACCUGGUGGAAGGCAUCGGCCAAGACUUUAUACCGGCCGUGAUGAAGAACAAGAUGAUCGACGGAUGGAUCACAGUAAAAGACAACGACGCUUUCAUAAUGGCUCGCCGUCUGAUGAAGGAAGAAGGCCUUCUGGCUGGCGGAUCUUCUGGAGCCAAUGUUUGGGCCGCCUUAAGUGUGGCCAAGACGUUGGGGCCUGAUUCUCGUGUGGUCACCAUCCUUCCAGAUGGAAUUCGUAACGCUACAACUCAUUUCAUCGACGACAAUUGGAUGAAGGAAAAGGGAUUCGCAGUAUAA